AUGUCGGUAUCCAGCCUCUUGGAGCAGAUCCAGAAACGGGGAAAAGUGGUGAGUCGGCCUCCUGAGGCUGGGUUGUCUUCAAAAUCUACUCAGAACCAAGAAAACCGACCGGCAAAUACAUCAAAACUUGCCUCUUCGUCGCAGCCAGCGCAGCGCCAAAAUCGUACUGUCGAUCCAGUGGUGGCCAGACUUAAGGAAGCACGACGGCUAGAGAUGGAGCAGAAGGAGGCCUCCAGAAAGGAGGCAGGAAAACAAACAAACAAGAAAAUUGGUGCAAGAAAAUCGUCUGGGUCAAGUACCACAUCCAGCUCAGCAAAUGGAAAGAGUUACGGACAACCAAAAACUUCUUCCACAGCCCAGAAUGCUUCUGUAGCACCGGCGGCCCGAAAAAAGGUAAACUACAAGGAUUUAAUGAAGAAAGCAACCACCAUUGACAACAGCAAACUCUCGUUGAAAAUUAAAGCAAAGUCACUGCUGCCACCCAAUCGUCUGCCUCCCAUUCGUUCGCCACCCAUUCGUCUGCAUUCCCGGCCCGAACAACCAGAACCUUCCAAACCUCUGGCUCUUACCUCUAAAAGUGUCGUUUCUAGCGUUUCUGGACGACAAUUGCAUUCAACAGACCGUCAGAAAGCCAAUAAAAACGGACCCAAAAAACCAGAAACUUCCUCCAGACCCUUGCCACGAGCACCGCUACCCGUCCGCCAGCCGUCAGCAAAACUCUCUCAAUCGCUCAGUAGCCGUCGUACAAAUGAUAAAGAAGACGACUCGGAUAUGCUGUCUUUCUUGGCCUCGGAUGACGAGGAAGAACGCAACCAAGAUUACGAUAGGGACGAGAUCUGGGCUAUGUUCAACCGAGGCAAGAAGCGAGCGGACUAUGAGCGGUAUGACGACUACGAUAGUGACGAUAUGGAGGCCACCGGAGCCGAGAUUUUGGCCGAGGAAAUGAGAUCGAAAAGGACGGCUGAAUUGGAAGAUCGCCGCGAAAUGGAGGAAGAGCUUCGGUUAAAGGCACUCAAGCGCCAGCGAAAGCAGAAGAAUGGUUGA